AUGCGGGUGCAGGAGACAGCGUGGAAGCCCAUCCGUAUCCACCUCGAUACCUCCGCGCUGGAGAGCCAGGUGGAUGCCGGACAGUUGACGUACCUGCGUGAUGACGUCCUGCAGGCCGCGGUGCGGUGGCUCAGCAACGCCGUGCAGGUCUUGCCAGUGGAGGGUAGCCUGCGCUACGAGCAGCAGUGCGCCGCCGUCCUCACCGCCUCCGGGCGCUGCGCGCGAGUUCAGGCGAACUUCCAGGAGUGCGGACCAAUCACCAUCCCGCGCGAGCAUUUCGCGGACAAGGAGGUAUGUCCUUCUGGCAGGCUUGCAGGCUGCGAAGUUUCCAGCGGUGGCGCUGGUAUCCCGAACGCAGAUGUGGGCAUCUAUGUCUCGGCAGUUCAAACACAGUGGUGUACCGGCACCACAGUUGCGUAUGCCAGCACCUGCCGCCAGGCGGAGGAUGAUAGGCCCGUCGCAGGCUAUUUCAACUUCUGUCCGAAUCGCUUGAGCCCGGCGGCCGAACGAAAUUGGCACCAGGAUGUGGCUAUCGCGACCCACGAAAUUCUGCACACCAUGGCGUUCUCCUCCUCACUUUUUCCCUUCUUCAGGGACAUCCUGGGUACUCCGCGGACCCCGCGCAACGACUGGGGCUUGCCACCCAUCCAGGAUGGAAGCUACCGCGCCGACAGCUCGACCCUGCGAGUGGAGGACGUGGAUGGCCUGGAACGCCGGUUCAUCGUGCUUCCGAAGGUGGUGCAGGCUGCACGACACCACUUUGGCUGCACUUCACUGGAAGGAGUAGCUCUGGAAGAGCAGGGCGGUGAUGGCUCCGCAUUUUCCCACUGGGACGCGCGAAUCAUGCACACGGAGGUGAUGGCUGCGGAGAGCAGCGCCAUGCCCCGCAUCUCAGACAUGACGCUGGCGCUGAUGGAGGACAGCGGCUGGUACCGGGUUCUCGGGGGGCUGGUUGCAUCAGAUGGCGACAGUGCAGCCGGGCACUUUGUCUUCGGCCGAGGGAAAGGCUGCGGCUUCCUGCAACAAAGUUGCAUCAUCGACAGCCAAAGUGCUUUCCCGGAUACCUUCUGCACAGAGAGCCAGGGAGACUGCUCGCAUCCGAAUGCAGGAACUGUCGGCUGUUCCCAUGACCACUUGUCCCUGGGAGCUUGCACCAACUGCCUGCAUCGCGACAGCCUGCCUGCCAGAUAUCGGCACUUCGACAAUCCCAGGCUGGGUGGCAUUGCGGCCUACGUUGGCUACUGCCCGACUGUGGAGCCUUUCUGGUCUUCUGGACAGCCGACCUUCUGCGCAAGUGGAGGGGUGUACAGCGACCGAACCUCGCAACGCUUUGGUGAAUCCCACGGCCCUGCGUCUCGAUGUGUGUUGUCUACGGCCACCAAGUCAGGCUUCGUGCCGCCAGAGGAGCCGCAGGGGACUUGCCGUGACGUUUUCUGCCUGGAGGAUGCCGUGCGGAUCAGGAUCAGCGAUAACAACUUCGUCCUCUGCGGAAAGGAGGAGACUGGCGUCAGGAAGAGUGUUUUCGGCCAGUUUGCAGGUUACAUCCUGUGUCCACGCUAUGCUACCAUCUGUGGGCAGACGGGGGCAGAGGGCCCCAGAGAAGGAGCUGAAUGUCACUUCCCUGGUACGCACCGCCAUGGCCGUUGUGUUUGUGCUCCAGGAACCAUGGGCGCAGACUGCAGCGUCCUUGACAAAGCGGCGAAUCGACAGGACUUCCCUUACGGGCUGCGCUACCCUCAGCAGGAGCUGGAGCUAAAGGUGGGCCUGGAGCUGUCGCGGACUGAGGGCCUCCUGGCCUGGCCUUUGGCUCCCGCCCUGCAGAGCCAACCCCGGCUGAUACAGUUCAAGGUGGAUCCAGCAACAUGGCAGCAAUUCCUGAGCUCCCUGCUGGGGCUGCUUUGCCCGUGGGCCUGA